GUCAGUCAGUGCCGAACCUGACCUGGUGUUGAGCGGAUGUAAAAAGUGUUUGGUUGAGAUAGCACUCGGUGACAAACUUCUCUGUUAUGAUUCAUCUCCAUUGCAACAUAGCAGUGUGUGCUGUAGAAUAUUAUCAUUACGAGUCAAGCUGCAACAUCAUACGAGUCAAGCUGCAACCCUAGUUGGCAAUGCAAAAUGCUAAAGGAAACUGAAAGGUUGAAUGCAGCAGAAAGGUGUGACAUCUGCAGCAGCGUUUGAAGUACGGGCUAAAAUAUACUGAGAGCUGGUUGGUUGCUAUGCAUAUUCACUGAUUCAAAAACAAGAAUCUUGCCCUGUGACUUGAAACUUUUGUCGGAAGAUUAGCAAACUAUGGUUGCCAGUGAGUGAAAAUAACCAUUCCUUCGCAUCCUGUCGCUCGAGUGACUUGCAUUUGUUAGUGUUUUAAAAAUCCAGACUCGAACGUUGGGCCACAACAUCACCUCUCCAACUGUUCAGUGUCUCGCUUGAAUCGACGGAACCCGAGAUUCGCAAGAAGAUCCAAGAUGUGGUGCAACCAGGACCCGAAUCUCCAGCUGUCACCCGCGAGAAAGAUCGUCAUCUUCCUCAUAGGGGCGAUCGAGUCUAUGCUCUUCGGCGGCGCCGUCUUCGGAUGGCCGCAGUUAGUGCACGUCCUCAAAGUCGAAGGCAUUUACAGUGAUCUCUGCGGCGCUCCGACGACGACGGCGACCCCGUCACUCCACCAUCAGGAGGAGGGGGUGGACGGAAGUCUCCGCAGUUCGGUCUUAGCGGUACCGCACAAUAAUUCGAGAUGCCACGGCCUCAACCACACUUUCGUCGUAUCCAGCAGCCAUAAGAUCGGGGUGGAAAAGUGCGACCUGCAAGACGAGAGGUUCGCUCUUAUCUACACCAUAACGAUUUCCUGCUACAGCAUACCCGGCAUACUUAUCGGAUACCUGCUACACCACGCUGGACUUCGCGUUACUAGGAUAUCUGGAGGGACUAUGCUGGCCAUGGGAUUUCUUUUCCUGGGAAUGGCAACGAAAGAACAACCCCACUGGCUGUUCCCAGCCAUGAUUUUUGUGGCCCUGGGAGGGAACCAAGUGCGCAUGAGCGUCAUGCAGUUCGGGGACCUGUUCCCAGCUCACCGGGCUACAGCCAUCACGAUGCUGACGGGGAUGUACGCUGCCUCAGCGGCGCUCUUCCUUAUCUUUCAGUACACUGCAACGAUGGGCAUCGAGCGAUCGCUUGUAUGUUGGUGCCUAGCAGCUGUGAGUUCCCUGUCCGUCUUCCUGUCGUUCUUAAUGCCCGUCCAUCACGUACCCAACGAUGAACAAAGUUCUCAACUAACGAAGGAGGCCCCGUCCAAAGAGCUGCCUUUGUCAUCGAGCUUGUGGUCCGGAUCUUCGAUGUUGCACCAGCUGUGGUUCUUCGUCUCGCUCUUUGCAAUCAAUAAUUAUCAACAAUCUUACAACGUCUGGGUUACUGCUUCAUCCUGCAGCGUGUCGGAGGCUGGUCUCUACGCCAUAAUUUUCAGUUACAGCAAUUUAGUGACAGUGUUCUUCGGUCCAAUUGGAGGCGCUUUUACGGAUUACAUGGUCCGCAGAGCUGGCAGAAGUACAAACAACGAGCUCGACCGCAGGGUGAAGGAAGUCCAGGCGUCCUUCUGUCCCCUCCUAGUGACGUCCAUAUGCUGUACGAUCAUGUACUCCUGCCUGCUGUUCUUCCAUCCGAUUGCGAUCUACGUCUCCCUGGCUGCUAUGGUCAUCGCCAGGCCCUGCGUCUUCGCUGUGUCCACGGCUUACAUCAGGAUAAGGUUCCCAGCAGACCACUUCAACAGACUUUUGGGAAUCUACGGCACUGUCACAUCGGCGCUUCUAUUCUUGCAAUACCCUCACUUCAAAUGGGCACAGCAUAUGUACUAUGCUGCCCACGCACUCAUAAUAGCCAUCUUGAUGUUCACUUAUCUGAAUCCCAUUCACCUGCUCUUCAAGCCCCUCCUGAGGAAAGCCGUGGCGAAGAGGGACCAGAUUAGUGAAAAUGACCUCAGGUCACUCACUGUGUAGGAAGGGAAAUAUAAUAUAUAGUCCUUCUGUCUGGAAAUUCGUCGAACAAAUUCUCCUGUUACUUAGAACCGCCAUCUAAGCUUUAUCUGAUUAUAUUGGUGAUAAUGAAGGAGCUGUUGCCUUUUGAAUCUGAUCACUAUUGAUAAUGACAACCCGAGAUUUCGUGGCGACAAGACGUCGCCUAAAUGAAUAAUUUUAGGUGAACUGCUGUGUGUAUGUGUACAGUUGGUUGAUUGCCAGUGAUGGCAAAAAUCUAUCUUAUUAAGAAUUAAAUGAGGUUGUUUUCCAGUGUAGAACGUUUCAGUUAAGACUACAAAGCUGAUUUGGUCUUUUGUUAUAUACAUAUAUAUAUG